AUGCAUAUUAAAACUGCUCUUGCCUUGUCUAUUGCUCUUGCUGCCAAUGCAGUUUUUGCUGGAGAUGAAUCCCAGAAGGAUGGAAAGAAAGCACCAGGUGGUGGUGUAGCCAAACUCAGCAAGAGUGCUGCCGCUACUGGCGCUACUACUGCUACUGCUACCGCUACUGCUGCUGCUGUUGCUGCUGCUGCUGCCGCUGCUGGUCCAAGCUCUGGUUCAAGCUCUGGUCCGGAUCUCAAUCCCUCUCUUACUCCUUUGUGUUUGGCAGGUCUCCAGGUGAAACUAAUGGAACUCAGUAUUGCAUGCCCAGGUCUUACUCCCGAGAUUCUCCAUAAACCCGAUCUUUCUAAAAUCCUGAAAGACGAUGUGUUUUUGGACAACUUUUGUUCAGAUAUGUGUCGAGGUGCUGUGAGCAGUUUUGGUCCUUCUCUCAAACCUGUAUGUGGGGAUCAAAAACUAUUUAAACCCAAGGCUCGUCUUUCUACAGACGAUGCUCCAAGUGUUGAAGGAUUAACUGGCGAUCUUACUGUCUCGUCGAUUUCCAGUUAUGUUGGAUUGGGUCAAAAACAAGGAUGUAUUCGCACCGAGGACAAGUCAAAGUUCUGCUUACGAACUCAAUAUGAAGAGGUGAAGGACAAGUUGGAACAGCAAUCAUCGCUCCAAUCCAUCAUGACGGCCAUUUUUAUGGAUCCGACACAUACAACUACGUAUUGUGCUCAACAGCAAGUUUCGGAAGGAUUGAAGGCUACUGCUGAGGAUCCCAACUUGGCAAAUGUCCACCAGGUUUUGGUUGCUUCAGACUUGUUCCAAAAGGAAGCUAUUCAAGCCAAGGAGAAGGCUGGUACUACUGCUGACAAGCCAAAGGACAAGAGUGGAACAGUCGUAGUAGGAAAUACUUUUACGGCUGCACUUGCUGCCUCGGCCAUCAUUGCCAUCAUGUUCCAGUUUGCUUAG